UACCGUGAACCGUGUGCUUCUUUCAGUAGUUACUACAACUUUCUCAAAGGCUGGAUUUUCCAACCUGGGAAGGUUUCCCUCCAUGAAUUUGUGGAAGAAUUUCCGCUUGCUCUUGGUGAACCAAAAAGCAAAAUGGAGCAUUAUGCCUCAUAUUUUGUUCACUUGAUAAGCUGGUGGGAACACAGGAACGAUCCAAAUGUUUUGUUUUUGUUUUACGAGGACAUGAAAGACGACUUGGAGAGCGUAGUCAGAAAGGUUGCAUCGUUCAUAGGAAUUGAAGACGACGAAAGAAUUAAAAAGGCUGUUGAAAUGAGUUCCUUUGAAUUCAUGAAGAGCAACGAGAGGAAAUUUAUUCUUGCGCGCCUAACAAAAUAUAGAAAUAAAAUUUUUGGUUUACCUGAGGGAGCCGAAGGUAGAAUAGUCGCCACAGGAUCUGCGACCAAAGGACGAGAAAUGAUGGAUGAGAAGACUAAAGAUAUGAUUCAGGCAAAGUGGAAUGAGGUGGUUUGGAAACAGACUGGAUUUCAAGAUUACCAACAGCUGAGAAACGCAUUCAAAAAACAAAACGAAAAGUGAAUGAAUGAAUGAACUAAAUGGAAUAACAUCUAAUUAGAAAAAUCAUAUUUUAUCUCAGCAAACUAUAAUAUGAAAUAAUUAAAUGGUAUUAAAUUAACGAUAAUUUGUGUGGUCAAAGUAGUUAAUCAACAAAUAAUUGACUGACAUAAGUAGAAUUUAAUUAAAAAGCUUCUCGCUUCACGAAAUGGUGACUAGCUUUAUUGUAGUUUCAAUUUACGUAUGCACAGACACGUCAAGAAUAUGCACCAGGGCAAAAUGGCAAAUCGGUUUUACGAAUUGGUCGGAGUAAUCUA